GAAAAAGUAUAAAGCAAAAUGGGUGUCACACUUUGGGGACACAGAGCAUCGCCUUCCUUCUCUUCUCUCUCUCUCUGCACUUUCCUUUCCUCUUCCUAAAACCCUAAUCCUGCUUCCUUUCUUUUCUCUCUCAAUUCGGUUCCAUUUUCGAUCUUCUGUCACUGAGAAUCUCUGCUCUAAUGGCGGGAAGUCGUGAUACUUCAUCUAUCAACAACUCGCCUCCUCCGCCAUUUUUGAGCAAAACUUACGACAUGGUGGACGACUCGUCCACGAAUUCAAUCGUCUCCUGGAGCAGUCAAAACAACAGCUUUGUCGUCUGGAACGAGCCUCAGUUCGCCAGGGAUCUAUUGCCCAAGUAUUUCAAGCACAAUAACUUCUCAAGCUUCGUCAGGCAGUUGAAUACUUAUGGUUUUAAAAAGGUUGAUCCAGACCGAUGGGAAUUUGCUAAUGAGGGGUUUCUAAGAGGUCAAAAACAUCUUUUGAAGAGUAUCACCAGGAGGAAAACAACUCAUCCACAUCAACAAGCGCAAGCUCCGAGCUCUCAGGUUGGAGCAUGCGUAGAACUUGGAAAUUUUGGGCUGGAGGAGGAAGUUGAAAGACUUAAGCGAGACAAAAAUGUUCUUAUGCAGGAACUUGUUAGGUUGAGGCAGCAACAGCAAACUACAGAUCACCAAUUGCAAAAUGUGGGUCAACGGGUUCAGGUGAUGGAGCAGCGUCAACAGCAAAUGAUGUCAUUCCUCGCAAAGGCUAUGCAUAGACCUGGUUUGUUGGCCCAGCUAGUACAGCAGCAAAAUGAAAGUAACAGGCACAUCACUGUAGGCAAUAAGAAAAGGAGACUUCCAAGACAAGAAGAAGAAAACUCAGCUAGUGAGCAUUUGAUUUAUUCUCCUGAUGGACAAAUUGUGAAGUACCAGCCUUCAAUGAACGAGGCGGCAAAAGCAAUGCUCCGGCAGAUUUUGAAGAUGAACACAUCUCCUAGACGGGAGCCCUCGAUGAACAACCCUGAUGCUUUCCUGAUUGACAAUGUUCCUUCUUCCAAUGCAUUAGAUAGUGGGAGUACUGAUACCUAUAGUAGGAUUUCUGAAGUAACCCUUUCAGAGGUUCCACAAACUUCUGCACAAUCAGACCCUGGAUUUCUUGUUAUUUCUUCUUCUAAACCCCCUUCCGAGAUUAUAACUUCACCUCUUGUGGGUAGCAGUUCUGUGAAGGCAGCUCAAUUGCAAGAAGUUAAUGUGCAGAGUUGUCACAAAGACGAAACUUUGCCUGAUUUCAUUCCAAUGAUAGAAACUCAGCUGCAAAGCACUGAAGAUCUCUCUGAUGUGAAUUUGGUGAACUCUGGAACUACUAAUGCAGAAGGCGGAGAUAUGUCAGUAGUUUUGGAUGGCUCAAUGCAUGUAGAAAGUGAUGACUUUUCUCCCAAUUCUCAUGAUGGAGUUCCCAAGCUCCCAGGAAUCAAUGAUAUUUUCUGGGAGCAAUUUUUUACAGGAAGCCCACUCACUGGCGAUGUGGACGAAAUUAAUGCAAGUUCUGUAGAUUGUGAAAUGACACAGGAUGAGGACUUCUUAUUAGGGAAGGAGAAUGGAUGGGAUCAUACACAACAUAUGAAUAAUCUCACCGAAGGAAUGGGGCUGUUGGCAUCGGAAUGCAGAAGGAAUUGACUCUUACCUUCUCAAUUGUAUAUACUUGCCAUCUAGAGGUAAAAUUACGAAGCACCCCAAUUAUUAUAUGAAUGCUAACCAUAAACAUCAAUUUCAGAGGGCCUUUCUUCCUCUUAGGCCAUGGAUUUAUUUAUUGUCCUUGUACCUUGAGCCUGUCUUUGUUUUUUUGUCUUUAAAAUUAUUUAAUACAAAUCUAUGUCAAUUAAGUUUACAAAAAUAUGUAUAGUUAAAUUUGGCUAAUGUUCUUUUAGCUCCGACAGAUUUCAAAUUUGUUCAAGGUUCCCUUUGCAUGUGCUACUUUCUCAUCUUUUAUCGAAGGCACCUAAUAGCACAUAUUUUGUUACCAUGUGAUAUGAUAUGACACGAGGAAAAGACUUAUUUUGUUAGCUGAUAAUUAUUGCAUGGAAGCCUUUGGCCUUGGUGCUUUGAUAUCCACAACACGUAGUUCGAUCUAGAGAUGUUUGUUUGUGGUCCAUCCAUGUAUUGUAUUGCAUUUGUAUUUUGGGAUGGUAAUGAUUGAUUGAAUUGUUGUAAUUGUGAAAAGCAUAAUACUAUCUAGUACCAAUUUUGUACAUUUAAAUGGUUCUUGCAGAGAUUGAUAUUGAGCUGUGCUGCCUGAGCAUGCAACCUUUUGUUCAAAGAGAAUACCAAGUCAUCUAUCGAUUUUGAAGAAUAAUAGUUCUCCUUUGUGCAUCUCUCUCUAUUACUUGUAUCCCCUUUUCCCCUCUUAUGCAAAGCACUUGUUAUAAGGAUGUGAAGCUUAUUAUUACUGUGAAAUAUGCAAAUCUGUCUUCUUUUUCCCUAAUAAAUAAAAAAAGCUGGAAUAUCUGGCCUAAGUUGUGCUUUACAUCUAGUAUUUAUAUGGAAUGUUUUGUAGGGAAGGAAGGUUUGUUGUAAUAAAUGUUUUUGACCAUUGUCAAGUGUGAUUUGGAAUUAGGAUCACGUUUGACAAGGAAAACCUCAUAUAGACUUUUGCUAAA